AUUGCCUCCGGCCACUAAUAACUGCCCAGGGGAAGCGCGGGUGCGUGCCCCCAGCCGCACUCCCCAGCCCUCUUUCUCCUCUGCUGCUAGGAUGGAGGUGAUGGACGCCUGCCAGUUUUCUCCAUCCGAGUUCUUCUACGACAGCUCCUGCCUCUCCUCCCCCGAGCGGGGCUUGGCCGAGGGCCUGGAGCACAGGGUGUCCUCCUCGGGAGCCCGCCCACGAGCCCCUCCGGGCUCCGAUGAGGACGAGCACGUCCGAGCCCCCACGGGCCACCACCAAGCCGGCCACUGCCUCCUGUGGGCUUGCAAAGCCUGCAAAAGGAAGUCCACGACCACGGACAGGAGGAAGGCCGCCACCAUGAGGGAGAGGAGGAGGCUGAAGAAAGUCAACCAGGCUUUCGAGACCCUCAAGAGGUGCACCACGGCCAACCCCAACCAGCGCCUGCCCAAGGUGGAGAUCCUGCGCAACGCCAUCCGCUACAUCGAGAGCCUCCAGGACCUGCUGCGGGAGCACGUCCACAGCUACUACGGCCGCUCCGAGCCCGCCAGCCCCGCGUCCCCCUGCUCGGACGGCAUGGCCGAGUGCGGCAGCCCCGCCUGGGCCAGGAGGAGCCGCAGCUUCGACGCCGUCGCCCUGCACUGCGCCGCGGAGCACCCGGGUAAGGCCGGCCCCGGAGCGCGCUGCCCCCGGGGGGGGGGUUGGGGGGUUUCCGUGCCCCUCCCGGUGACCGCUGUGCUGCUUGCUCUCGCCGCAGUCUGCCCCGCGGGCCGAGGCGCCGCCCCGUCCAGCCUGGCCUGCCUCUCCAGCAUCGUGGACCGCAUCUCGUGCCCCGGGGCCGCCGCCGCCCCCCGCUCGCCGCCCGCCGGCCUGGACUCGCAGCCGGGCACCCCGCGGCCCAGACUCCUCUACCACGUGCUCUGAGCGCCCCGCGCCGCCGCCGCCGCCGCCGCGCUCACGUCGCAGGCCCGGGGCUCGCCCCGCCCCUGCCUCGCUCCGCCCGGCCGGAGCCCGGCCCUGGGCUCGGGCGUGCUCUGCCGCCCUGCGGGCCUGUGGUCAGCGCCUCCCGGCACCUCCCGGCGCUCUGAGUUCCUUGGGUUUGCGCUGCUGUGUAAUCUGGGGACUUGGCUUGGUCCACACGCACACACAUACACGCAUACAUACAUAUAUGUAUAUGUCCACAGACUUACAUGCACACGCAUACAUACAUAUGUACACACAAGCACGAAUAUACAUACAUGUACAUGCACACGCAUACAUACACAUUGGCAACGCAUAGGGAGUGCAGGCAGGUGCAUGUGCAGCCCCGAGGAAAGCACUGCUGAUGCUGCUGCAUGGUCACUGCUGGCCACCCCCUCCCGGCUUCUCUACCAGCAGUGUCUGUGGCCGCCUGCAGGAGCUCCCCCCUCGCCGCCACCAUGCCCCCACUGCCACCGUCGCCACUGCCUGUGGGCAGUUGCUGUGCCCCCUCAGCCUCUGGGGGGCACGUAUCGUUCAUGUAAAUGCCCACACACAUAGGUACACAUACAUGCACACAGGGUUUGAAUUACACUUUGACUCUUUGUCUGCCAAAAAAUUGGGCUGCCCUGCCCAUCACAAUGCCCUAAUAAAAUUGGAGCCCCCACAAGGUUAUGGUUUUCAAACCUUACGGGGGGAGGGGGCGGGUCUUGUCUCCUAUGGGGGGACUCAGCCCCACCAAGCUCCCCCAUAAUUCAAAUCCUACAUGCACAUACACAUACAUGCACAUAUACCCUCACACCCACACAUACAUACAUACAUACAUACAUACACACACACAAGCAUGAAACAGGCAGUUGCAAAAGGGAGUUCCCUGCAGUACUUCCACUGCAAUGCUGCUGGUCUUAGAUGUUCAGAGGUGGCAUGCCUUUCUGAGCAUUUCUUCCUGGUUAAAACACAGGCUCUUCAGCUUUUUGCAACAGUUAGGGGCUGGGGAACCACUCCCCAAGUGACUUGAGAGGCUGUCUUCCUCCAGCAGCUCAAGCAGACAGCGAGCAGGAAGCAGUGUUGUCUAACAGCACUCUGUAUUUUUGCUAGUCCCUCUAGGGGGGUGCAUUUUGUUCUAAACACCUCAGCAUCCCCCUGGGUUGUCUCAAAAACAAAGUGUCAAAAGCUGAAAGCACGUUUGAUUCCAGUGCUGUGCUGAAGUCCCUGCUCCCAAUAAAACAUGUUAUCCCAGAAGAACUUGGCUGCUUUCCUUUGCUUGGCUGCCUUUAGUGCUGGUAGGAGUCCCUUGUAUUUACCAUGAGACUAAGUUUCUGGUCUCCUGCACAAAUCAGCACGUUGGUUACAGAUUAAAGUUUGUAAUGUCUUUGUUCCUGCAAAGACUUAGCCACAUGCUUAACAGCUAAGUGCUCAAGGCAAGUGAGGCUACUCACGAGCUCCACCUGUGGCUUCUGCAUGCAGUUUUGCAGGAUCAGGACAAAGGCCCGAGGGCUCAGAGAUCCCAUAUGUGUGUGGCCCCAGUAACUUCCAUGGUACAGAUUUGUAGGGUCAGGCAAGCCAAUAGUUUAGACCCACUCCCAUUGGCAGGCUUUUCAUUGCUUUCAGGGACUGGCUCUACAACCCUACAGUCCUUAUCCUGACAGAGCCCUCCCCUACUUCUGUGGGGUUGUGGACUGAUUGGAGGCUAUCAUAUUUGGACCUGAAGUGAUUCAGCAAACUGAUCAUGCAAAUCAAGUGCAGGUUUUGGUUUUAGCACAGCCCCGUAGAACUCUACUCUCGGCCACAUGACGGGUGUCACAGAGUAGACCUUGGCCAAGCGAAUAAGAACAAGCUGUAAACCAUGUCUUCUUUCACGUACCUCCAGAGUACAUUUAGCAAUACUCAUGCCAUUAGUAAUGUCUAUUGAUUAUUAUUAUUACUACCAUACUAGUAGUGCAUUUCAACAAGUCAAUGAUUGAAAAAUAAUUUGUUUUUAACAAAUACCUUUCAUUCUCUAUGUCACUUUAUCCAUCAUUCCCCACCAUGAAAUGUGGCCAGGCACAAGGAAUAACCCAAGAGCUAUUAUCCAAUUCAGAAAGGAGAGAGGGGUGCCUUCACUAGAUCUCUGGAACUACCCAAGAGGACAGAGGGUGUAACAGACCUCCUGGUGGGGAGGUGAGCAAGCUUCCCUAGCAUGGGAUGAAGGCUGCAUCUGUUGCACUCAUGUCCUUGUCAACCAUGGGUGGCCUGGAGGACUGGGAUUGAGAGCGUUUCACCGCUAAGCCUUUGGGCUUGUAGUGAAUGACACCAAACUUUGGCGGCCUCUCUAGAAUGAGCUGAUGUGCUCACUCUAUUUCCUCCUGAGACAUGGUCUUCCUACAAACAACAAUUGGCUGUUGCAGAGCAGAGGAUGAGGAGUAUAUGUGCACAGAGUCUGGUUCCCAUCAAAACAAGUCAAGUUGCAAUUUGUGAAGCCCCAGGCAUACAAGGGACACAAUCUAAAACCACUGAUGACCAGGAGGUAAGUUAUCAGGGUCAACACUGAUAGGAAUUGUGGAGAUGGCU